UGAAAUAACGCCUCCCACGUGGGAGGCGUUAUUUCAGUUUGCCGUCUCUAUGGUUACAUAAAUACUGUAACGUCCAUGGUCGUCGUUGCAUUGGGGAGAAAUUAAAGAGAGAGAAAAAAACACUGGUUUUAAUUGAAAUUAGAAAAUGAGUGUAUCUGUGACUUGCGCAAUUCCUAAGAAAAAUGAUACUAGUAAAGUUAUUAGGCGGCAACGGGCUUAUGACCACUUGUACGAUCCAGUUUACACAGUGUCAUCGGAGGCAGACCAUGCCAGGUCCACACUCAAAGCCUAUGCAUCUAACGACCGAAUCAGGAGAGUACCUGAGUUUGGGUCUAUGUUCAGUAACCUGUUCCACCACCCACGGUUUACUGUCCAACUGGACCCUGCUGACCCAGUACCGGCCUUUAUUGAUCGGCGCUGGCGAGGCCACACAGAACAGCGCAGAGAGGCACUGCAGCAGCUGGCUGGAGUUAUUCCAAGUGCUCAGUCAUGGCAGAAAAGGGAGGAGUGCCAUGUGACCGGAGCUGAUCGCUGGAAAUACUUUAAACGCCCUCUGAUUCCUUUUGCACAGCAGGUUCCCCCAGAUGUGAUUUUUGCAUUGCCUAAAGAAGACUUUGUAUUAACUUGUGGAACAAAUGCUGAGCAUCAGCCCACCCACUUCACUGUGGGGGUCCAGACAGACUACAGGGAAAGUGAAACACAGACAGACCCGUACAGCCCUGAGUAUGUGGUACAACAUGGAACAACUCCCGCAGAGCUCCUGCAACUGGCAGCUUUGACUUGGGGUCAUGGUCUACCUGCAGGCCUGGCAGAAGUGGAAAUGAUAGAGCGGGCACGUGCCAAACGAGCUUGGGAGGCCACCCUUCCUCCAUUGAAUGACCUUAGUCAGCUGGACAAAAGGAGACGUAUAAUGGAGGAGAUGGAGGUCAGAGAGUGGGCUUUCAGAGAAGGAGAAAUCGAGAAGUUGCAAAAGGCCCGUCUUGCUUUGCUGAAGGACCUCUUGAGGCAGAGAGAUGAGGCCCAGAAAGAAGUCACAAACGAGAGACUGAACCAGAUAUAUAUUAAGCACCAAAAGGACAAAGAGACCAAGCUGCACAAGAUUCACAAUGACUACAGCAGGUCCCUGAGAAAACUGGAAGCUAAGAGGAGAAAUGUGGAGGGGAAGCUAGAGCAACUUGGCAUUGUCAGAAAAUAUACAGGUUUUCAGACAUAUCACCCUCGGAGCCGCAGGGAUACAUUUACCAACAGGAACACCCACAACAAUGAGUUAAAAAGCCACUACUUAGACACAUAUGAAGGUUUGCUACAGCUCGAGGCAGGACUCUCUGCCUCAGUCAAGCAAUGGGAGAAAAGACCUAAUCCUAAAGUCAACAUCAUCAAGAAUGUGAUCAAUCACCCUACGAGCAGAGAGGUAGAACUGAUGAAGAAAUAUAAGGCCCUGAGAGAGGAGGAGAAGGAGCAAGUGUCCAAGGAGUCUUCACGUUUUCUUGUCAAGAAGAAGAAGCCUGUUCCUCGUCCUUUCACUCCCAGAGUUGGGGAGCCUCCAGAGGAGGAUGAGGAGAUAGAGCUUGCAGUCAUCAACUUGCAAAAACUACUGAGAGGAAGGAGUAUCCAAUACGAGAUGUUUAAGGGCAAGAAGAACCAUCUGGAUCUUAUUCAGGAACUAAGGACCGUCCACGCCCUGCAGAGGGAGGAACAAGAGCUACAGAAAGCUGACAAAGGGCUCGUAAUGACCCUUAAAAAACAGAGAGAUACACAUAGACACAAGGCUGCUCAAGAAGAAGCAUCUCAGGCCAGAGUGGUUGGUGCAGAGCUUGAACGCCUGUUUUACGCCUUGUCCAAGGAUUUGAUUCAUCUCCAGGAAGAGCGCAGGAUCCAUGCCUUUACACUACUGGCUGAGAGAGACCGUCGCCUACGAGAGGCGGAGGAGAGUGGGAGGAGACAAGUGGAGGAGCGCAGACGCAGAGAAGAAGAGGAGAUCUUCAGACAAGUGGUGCAGGUACACCAGGAAACUGUGGAUUUGUAUUUGGAGGACAUCAUCCUAGAGACCUUAGAGCAGACAGCUGACCAGCAGGCCAGAGAGGAGAUCCACAGGAGAGCAAAGGAGGUCAACGACAUUGCUUAUGCCAUGGAAGAAAGCCAGAGCAAUCUUCAGUCGGAGGAGAUUGUGGCAGAGUUGGUGUACAGUUUCCUUAUCCCAGAGGUCCAGAAGAUCACUGUCAGACAAAAAGUGCUCCAGAGUCAGCAUAGACACUUGCAGGCAGCUCGGAGCAUCAUUCACAGAACUGCAGAACAUUCUGGGAUCCUUCCUAGUACUCUGGAGGCCCCACAGUUGACCUGUCCCUCUGAAAGAGCCUCCAACCAAGUCCUCGAGAUGAUUAGCCAUGUGGAGCAGGAGAAGGGGAAAGAAACGGAGCAGCACCACAUUCAAACUGAGUAAAGAGAGGACUACAAAUCCCCAAAAGUACUGAGAUGUAGUCUAAUGUCUAAAUUUGUUUAUAUUAUUAAAGUAGUACUUAAGUAUUAAUUCAUUUCCAUAAUCAUAAUUUUAAGUUUAGGGCUCAAUUGUAACCUUUUGAUUAUUACUUAUUAUUACAUAUCUAGAAUUUACAGUAUAGUCCCACCAUAUCUGACAGGAUCAAGUACAAGCUCCAUUUCAAUCUGGGCAGUUGGGCUGCUGUGGGGGUAUGGAGGAUUCAGGUGUCCCUGAUUAAGCACUUCUGAUUUUAAGUUGACAGAGAGUGACUUAAUAGAUAUCUGAGGAUGUUUCAGCGAUGCAUUUUACAGAGGGAUUUAUUCAUUUGGUGACUUGUUUACUGAGAAGAAAAUGUGCUUUAUAAAGGCAUAGAAAGUUCUCACGUUAUUACGAUCUGAGGUCAGUUACAUUCUCUAUUAUCCUAUACUUUGAUUUAACCGUGACAACUAAAGUAUGUCCAUCAACAUAAAAGCCUUAUAGAGUGAUUGUUGAGGGCAGAAAGACUCCAAACCAUAAACUGUAUAUUAAACAGUCUAUGCUCCAAACCAAACAUCCAAUGGUGUUGUAAAUGGUAGUGGAUUCCUAUCAAGUUGUGGCGUUAACUGCCUAGGGUGCGCAUCUUUUGCUCAGGCCUGUCAAGAUGUCCCACCAGGCAGGCACCUUCAGCAACAGCUCAGCACUGGUUUAAGAAAUAGAAAAAAAUAGAAAGAAAUAGAAAUGAAUAUGACAUAAUCACAAAUCAGCUUUAUUUGCCAUGUAUGAGGAUACAUACAGGGAAUUUUGCAAUUACAAAACAUCAUACAAAACAAACAACUUAUCCAAAGACAAACCAAUGUGUGAUUGUACAGAAGUUACUAAAUGUGGUCACUAAAUAGAAACCAAUGUACUGCCAACAACACAAAAUAAACUUGGUAGGACGUAUGAAACAGAAACUCUAGUUUACCUGUUUGGUGAUGUACAUGAUGUACAGCAUGUGCAAUGUGCAUAAGGUCAAACUCCAUGAGGAGAAAAUUAACUAUUAAACACGUGUAUAAAGAGAGAAGGCAUGUGCUACUAUGUGUGUUACAAUCAAAUCAGAUGUGGGAAACAAAGGGACAGUUGCCUUUAUUACUUCAUACUUUACUACUACUACUUUUCUAUUCUCUCAUAGAAGCCCAUACAAU